AUGAAUUUUUAUAAAGAUUAUGUAAGUAUUUUCGAAAAUGCAUUGUCAGAUGUUCAGGAAAAAACGGAAGAUUGGAAAGCAGGGAAUUCGAAAAAAGUUCAAAGAAAGAAGACAGACGUCAAAAAUGUAGGGAAAUCAAAGACAUACGAGGAUGCAAUAGAUAAAUAUGAAAGUGUUUUACAGCAAAUUAAAAAAAACUGGAAUUACAUGACAAAAGAUGAGUGUAAUCCACUCGUAGUAGCACUUGAACUUUUAGACAAAAGUUCACUUGGAAAAGAUUACAAUGCGUUUAAAGCAACGUAUCAAGAUUUACAAAAAUCACUUAAAUUAAUAGUAAAUGAGAAUUAUGAAGAAUUUAGUCGCUCAAUUGCUACAUUUGGAAUUAUUAUGGAAAAUAUAACUGAAUCUCAAGAAAAAGCGCAAGAAAUAGAAAAAACAAUUUUAGAAUCUCAGAAAAGACUUAUAUAUAAAAAGAGUGAUUUAAGGUCAAUACAUCAACGUAGUUUGCACCUUAAAGAAAUAUUAAGAAUUUUAAAAGCUAUCGAUGAUUUACGAAAGAUCCCAGAAAUUUUAGAAAGGCAUAUUUCAGAAAAAAAAUUUUUAACUGCAAUUAUUCUUCUCAAAGAAGCUCAGGAGAUUACAGAAAGAUAUGAAAUGUCUAAAAUCAAUGCCUUAAUAGACAUUAAACGGUACAUCAGUGGCCAUAAAAAUUCAUUAAUGCAUAUUAUUCUUGAAGAGCUUCAUAAUCAUUUAUAUUUAAAAUCUCCAUACUGUGAUACAUACUGGGCUCCUUAUACCUUAGGACAGAAAGAGUUGCCUAUUCCUGCUGUUUUAAAGAAAAAUGAAGCAUUUCAAUCAAAAAUGGAACCAGGAACUAUUAACCAUAUUGAUACUACAACUUCAAAUCAUACAAAUUCUACUUAUUCGUAUCAACUAAAUAACAACAAUUCAUUACCAGAAUCCAAAAAGAAUAAUAUCUAUAAUCCUGAAGUUGAUUCUUAUGAAUAUAUGAAAAUGCUUACUAGAGCAUUGUAUUUGCUAAAUGUAUUGCCUAAUUCAUUAGACAUUAUUAUUCAAAGAUUGCCUGUAGAAAUUUACCAAUUAAUUGAUAAAACAAUAAAUGAGGUUGAGCAAAGAAAUUUUAAUUUAUUCCAAGACAGAUUUUCCAAAAAAAAACCAUUAAACAUUCUUGAUAUUGAAUUUUUAGAAGAUAAUAUGAGAUCAGAAAUUUUAAAAGAUUUCCUUUGGACAUUAUAUUCUAAAUUAGCUGCAGUACUUCAGGGAUAUCAUGUUAUUUAUACAUAUAUUUUGGAUUUAAAUGAUGAAGAUUCUCAAAAAACUAGUGAGAAAAUGUCUAAAUCAAUAUCGUUUAAUCUUUUAGAAAUAUGGAAACCAAUUCAAUUAGAGAUUCAAUCACUACUUCACGAUUAUAUUAUAGAUGAAUCUAACCAAACAGUAUCUAUGUAUUCUAAUUUUGUUUCUUUUAAUAAUAUGUUUAAUGAAAAAAAAGAUAUAAAAAAAAUAAAAAUGUUUAACAUAUAUAAUAUUAAUGAAAACUCUAAGGAUCUUAACACCGCUCUUAGUGACUUAAAAAAUAUUUUAAAUUCAUCCGUUGUAUACCUUAUGUUACGAGAAGAAAAUGUUAAAAACAAAACGCAUUUAAUUUUACAUAACUUAAAAGAAGAAGCAUCAUUUACAGGUCACCGAUUGCUAAUUAAACCUUCUGUAUUUAAUAUUGAAACUUUAUUUAAACCCACUUGGGCAUUUUUUCAAAAGUGUAAAGAUACACUGUUUCAUGAGUCUUCUUUAAGUUCAGCUCUUACAUCGUUUUUAAAUGACUUUUUAUUAAAUUCUUUUCUUCCUCAACUAAAAGAUAUUAUCCAAGAAAUUGCUGCUCAAAGCAUAUUAAAUUUCGAUGUACUUCAAAUUGAUGAAAAUUGGUCUACUUAUUCAACACGUCCUUUGUUAAAAAAUACAGUAUCUUUAUUAAUAUUAAUUACAAAUUUAUUUAAAAUGCUUAAUUCUAUUAGUUAUAAUAAUGAAGAUUAUAGUGACAUUUUAUUUGAUAUUUUGAAAAAAUAUCUUAGUAAAUCUAAAUUGAAAUAUAAAGAAUUAAUUUCUCAAACCAAUCAUAUUGGUAGUAGUAAUAAAAACAAAACUAUUAUAAAAAAUAUAAAAAAAAUAAGUCAAGUUUGGUCAGACGAUGAAGAGUUAAAAAAAUUACUAAAAUCAUUUUUAAAUGGAUCUAUUUCAUUAGAUGAAUUCUCUAUUAUGGAAACCGAGAAAGAAUUUCUGUUAAAAAACAAAACACCAUUAAAAUAUAACGAUAUUCAAUGGGAUAAACAAGUUCUCGAAUCUCUUGGAGUAUUUUAUCAUACUUUGAAAUGGUUUAUAGAUAUGAUAGUUUCUCUGAAAAGAUCUAAAAUCGAAUUUAAUGAUCGAUUUUUGCAGAACUCUGCUUUUAAACAAGCAAAUAAAACCUUAUCUUUUUUACAUGAUAAUAAAGCAGACACUUUAAUUCUUAAUAUGAAACCAGAGUCUAAUAAAAAAUUAGAUGCGAUAUUAGCUGAUUUUAAAGAACUUUCAGAAUCAAUUCUUCUUAACAUUAGAAUUGAAAUAAGAUGUCAUAUUAUUUACUAUAUAGAAAAAAUUGUUCGUGAUGGUAAUUAUUAUUUGGACCAAUAUAUAUCUAAACCAGAUUUAUAUCUUUUUGAGCUAAAUACAGAUCUUUUAGAAUAUAAUGAACAAUUAAAUUCCUGUCUACAAUAUGAAGAAUAUUCAUUUGUUAUUUAUGGAUUACCGUAUAUGAUAGAUAAUUUGUUGGUUCUUAGUGCUGAAAAUAUUACACAAAUGAAUGUUCUUGGUUCAAAAAAAAUGCUGCUAAACAUAAUGAUUCUAGAACAAAACCUUAAAAAUAUCAUUAGAGAUGUUGAGAGUAUUAAAUUCGAAAAAUCAAAUUAUUUCUACGAAAUAUUUAAACUAGGUCCUAAGAAUCUUCUCAAAAAAAUUAAAGAGUCUAAAAACGUCUUUAGUUAUGAUGAAAUAAAAACUCUUCUUCAGUUACAAUAUUCUGAAGAUUUAACCAAAGCAGAUGAAGUCAAUAGACCAGAUAUUAUUAUGGCCUUAAAGCAUUCUUUAAAUGAGAAUUUAAUAGAAUUGAAUGAAUAUUUAUGGCAAAAAUAA